AUGGCGAAUACACCGGAUCCUCUCAAGCCGGCAGUCUCGUCCGAUGAGAUCUAUCAGGAACGCUGGUACUCCACUUUCAUCCAGAUUGCUAUACCCUUUUUCCUGGCUGGUACCGGCACCAUUUGUGCAGGUCUGUUGCUCGGAAAUGUACAGGAUUGGACGGUGUACCGUGAGAUGAAUGAGCUCUUCGUGCUCGUAUCUGUUUUAGGAGGAUUAAAAGGCAAUCUGGACAUGUGUGUAGCGGCAAGGAUGUGUACCCACUCGAAUAUGGGACAACUAUCGGAUCGAAGUUCUGUGAUUCAGAUCCUAGUUGGUAACAUGGCACUGGUCCAGUUACAGGCCAUCGUUUGCGCCAUAUUUCUGAGCAGUAUUGCUACUUUGAUUCAUUUUGUGGUGCAGCCGGAUCAUGAGAGGUUGAAACACUUUCCCAUCGUGACUUCAUCUGCCUUGCUUACGGCCAGCAUUUCCUGCUUCAUCUUGGACUCCAUUCUGAUGAGUGUCAUACUCUUCUCCCAGAAAUAUCACUUCAAUCCGGACUACAUGGCGACACCCUUUGUGGCUUCCCUUGGCGAUGUGGUUACCAUCAGCAUGCUGUCCUUCACUGCAGCGGUGCUUUACGAGCUAAGCGAAUCACAUUCAUGGGUCUGUAUCUGUCUGAUGGCCUUUUAUAUUUUCGUUUUGUUGCCCUUGUGGCUGACUGUGGUGCUGCGGAACAGUUACGUCCGCCCCAUCCUCAUGACUAGCUGGAUACCGGUGAUCGGAGCUCUAUGCAUUAGCCAAGUAGCCGGGUUUGUGCUCAGUUUCACCGUAGAUGACUUUCGUGGAAUCGCGGUGUUCUCACCAAUUAUCAACGGAAUUGGCGGCAACAUGGUAUCAGUUCAGUCCAGCAACAUGGGCAGCAUCCUUCAUCAGCGCUCCGAGUUAGGUCAAGUGCCCGAGGACACGCGCAUUUUGGAAUGGCCACAUCGAGUGUACUACCUGGGCACCAUUUACUCCCGCGUGUCACGUAUUCUCAUCGCCAUAUCCGUGCCGGGCAACGUUAUACUCGUCUACGUGGCCGACUAUCUAUACAUGUCGUACAUAUCCGUGCGCUGGCCCUUUCUGGUCGGUUUUGUUAUCACCAGCUUGUUUCUGCUCCUUAUUCUGCUCUGGAUAGCCCAUGCCCUAGUGCAUCUUUUGUGGUGGCGCAAGAUAGAUCCUGACACGGCAGCGAUUCCCUAUCUCACCGCUCUGGGGGAUGCUCUGGGCACGGGCCUUCUGGCGAUUAUGUUCCACCUGCUGCGCCUGGCCAAUGAAGAGUAUCAGACCAAGCAACUGCCCUGGCUGCGACUCAAUUAUGACAGCCUGCGCGGGAAGGCGAAUUAA